AUGGAAAUAUCUAUAUUUAAAGAAGAAAAACAAACAGAUUCAGUUGAAAACAUGUUUAGAAAAGCUAAUCAACAACAUAAUGAAAAUUUUGAUUAUAAAUAUUUACAAAAAUAUAAUCAUGAUAAUAAACAUUUUUCUAUAAUGAAUAUUAUAUUUAAUAAAACUAACGAAAAAUAUAAAAUAAUUGGUUAUGAUUGUAUUUAUCAAUAUGAAAAUAUUCAUAUUAAACUUGAAUAUGAUUUAUUAAAUCGAACUUGGAGAAUAUAUAAUCAACAAUCAAAUUCUGAACAAUAUCAAUAUUUAAACAUAUUAUUAGAAGAUCUUAAUUAUUCUCAAAAUAUUUCUCUUGAUCAACAAAUUCAAAUAAUAAUUAAAAGAUUUAAUAAUUAUUUUCAUGGUUAUUAA